GGAGGUUUCAAAUCCGGAAGUAGCCGGCAAUUACUCGGUGACCUUCAUCGGUUACUAACCGGUUAUCUUUCAUUAAAACCGUCAUCUUUGCGAGACGUGUCUGAAGUCGCUCAGCCUCAUUACUGUAUGGUCCUCCCUGCCACAAAGUAAUUAGCAGGGUCUCGACUCUAUCUGCUUUCUUCAAUCUAGCUGUCCAGCAUCUCCGCAUACUAGAAUGCCACUAUUGGAUCUCCCUCCAGAGAUUCUUGAUGCCAUUAUCGACGAGCUGCACGGGAACAAGAAAUCACUGCUGCGAGCAUCAUUGGCUUGCAGAGCCUUUUAUCCAAGAACCAGAAUUCAUCUAUUCUCUGUUGCCUUAUUGAGAGGCAAAUCCGACUGUGAUCGUCUCCGCGAGUUGAUCACCAUGGCUCCGAAGCUCGCUCUUCAUUUUAAAUCUCUCGAGAUCAAGUUCACAUUCCGUACGAUCUAUAUUUCUCCUGUGGAUUUCAGAGCAUUGACAGUCAUUGAAUCCCUCAUCAAUGUCACCUGCUUAUCUCUUAGCAGUGGAAGCUGGCACGCUAUGCCUGAUUCUGUUGUGUCAAGUCUCCAGUCCCACUCUUACCACACCCUCGUCAUAGGUCAGCACUUCCACUUCAGAUCGAUGGGCGAGAUUUGCUUGCUUGUCAAAAAUUCGCCUGACUUGCAAGAAGCACGCAUCAUGUGUUCUAAUAGUGGGAUCACAGAGGAAUGUAACAUGAACCACUCCCUUCAUUUCACCCCUGCCCCAGUGACGAUACAUAUCGAUGGCUCUCAGGAUUCUGCUGAGACCCUGAUGAAGUUGGUUUUAUCGUCGGGUCCAUGCCCGUUUUCCUGCACUAAUGUCGAUACACUCAGUAUCGCUCUUGAACAUGAGAGCACUACUGUUCUACAAUGUCUUAAUGAAUAUUUAACCCGCUCGCGCCGUUCUCUCAAACAUAUUCGCGUAACCCAUUUCGGGCCAGGUUUUCGGACAGCGUCAUCGGAAACACUUGAUGUCUCCAGCAUCGAGCAGAUUGUGGUCACGGUUGUGCGAAUAUCCCCGCUGGCCAAUCAGAUCUCCCAUAUAUUAGAUUGGUGGAUCUCCAACCUUGCAGCGGUGAAUGAAAACUGCGCCAUUCGUUCGAUUACGUUUAAAAUCAUAUCGCUUCAUCCUGAACCUGAAGAAGAUCUUUCAUUGGAUUGGAAAGACCUGUGGAUGAGGCUGGAUGCCUGUUGCACCUCCAGCAAGAUGACAUUGUUGGAGCGUGUUGCGGUUACUUUCAGAUCUAGACCGAGGCCGGCGGAGUGGGAUACAUUCAAGACUCGCAUGGAGGGCAAUUUUCCGAGGUUGAAGGAGCUUGGCUGUGAGGUAGUCUUGAAUGCUAUGUAACGUCGCUAACAUGUUCAAGUCUGGAUGUGCGUGCAGUUUACUAUUUUAUCCCCACUACCAUGGAUAUCCUUCCGUUCUCUUUCAUUAUUACUUACAGCGCCAAUAUCAAACUCCAGCUGUUUCAGGGCCCGUCCAUGAAUUUUGUUCAAGUGCCAGAGCUUUGGUUAGCUCGCGCCUAGAUGUGUCGUUCGCGUAGUUUGUCGAACUUGAGUUGCAAGUUCUAAUUCCCGCCUUCUAUGACGGUCGUACAAUCGAGCCUUCCUAGAAAAGUACAUCUAGUCAGAGUCUGUUACCAUCCCUUGACCGUCAAUACAAUAGCGCACGAAAAAAGCUCUGUUAAUUAGCGGAGGUAAGGUCAAAUGUGCGAUACUUCAGCUCCCGGAGGACGUCAAGAUACAUGAAGGAUGGG